AUGGACAUAAGCGGAUACCUAUAUGACAAUUUACCAUAAUUAUUAGAAAAUCAAGAGGAAUUCUAAGAUGAAUGUCCUCAAUUCAUAUCUAAAUUGAAUUACAAUAAAUCCCUAUUUAGAAUUUAAAGUCCUGAACCUUCUAUUCAAGGAGAUUGUUUAACCAAUGGAAACGAUUAAUCAUAUGAAAUUGCUUUAGGGGAAUUUAAAUUUCACACAGAAGAAAAAAAUGGAAAUUCUUAAGAAUAAUUAAAAGGUCCUUCAAAGAAAACUUCAAAGGCUAAGAAACUUGACAACAAGAGAAAAUAAAAAAAUAGACCUUUAUCAGAAGAAGAAUUUGUAGACAUAAUGAAAAAGUUGGAAUAAUGUCAGUAUGUGAUUGGGAUGAUAGAUAACAUGGUUAUAAUAUUGAAUGGAUUUAAAAGCUAGUUACAAUAAUAGACUAUGGAUAGAACUUAAUGA